UUGAGGGGGGGUGGGGUACGGUGCGUCGGCGCCAUGCGACUCGACCAGAACGACACACUGAAAACGAGAGUCAGGCAAUUGGUUGUCGUGCUCAAACAGUAUUUUAUCUAUUACCAAACCCAAAAGGAGGGCAAUUCACCACGUGAUUAAAUAAUUUAGCUGGGAUGCCGCCGCUCUCCAAUUUCGUUUUGUAUUGUUUUAGGAGUCUUCCAAAACUUACACGGUAGCAGCGCGUCAAAGGAGCUAGGUUUAAAGGGGUGCUCGCUCUGCCUGAAGCAUGGAGACGGAGAGCGCAAAGGAAAGCGCCGUCGUGACCGAUUUGGACAGGGACCAGCAGUAUUGUGAGCUUUGUGGAAAGAUGGAAAACCUGCUUAAAUGUGGACGAUGUCGGAACUCGUUCUACUGUAGUAAAGAACACCAGAAAUCGGACUGGAAGAAGCACAAGCAGUUUUGCAAAGAGGCCGAAAAACCUCAGUGUCAGCCGCAGCCCGAAUCAACACAACAGCCCGCACGGAGUGCGAAAGGAGGGCAAGGCAAGCGGUUCAAAAAGAAAAGCACCGAGCAACAGAAUGACACAGCUUCUCAGAGCACCACAAACACUGGACGUUCAAAUCCGCCUGCAGAUGGCGAAAGAAUGAAAUAUUUGAUCACUUCGGCAACUCGCUCGGGUAGUGUGUCUGACAGCAAGCAGACUGGGGAAGGAAUUAAGCUCAGCUAUAAGACCAACGGACAAACGAUGUCCCCCCCGGAAAAACUGGCUAUGAACUAUAUCGUUCCAUGUAUGAAUAAGCACGGCAUCUGUGUUGUUGACAAUUUCCUUGGAGAAGAGACUGGACUGAGUAUUUUGGAAGAUGUGAGAGCCCUCCACAAGACUGGUAAAUUUACUGACGGACAGUUGGUUAGUCAAAGAAGCGACUCCACUAAAGAUAUACGAGGAGACAAAAUAACUUGGACUGAAGGAAGGGAGCCUGGUUGCGAGAAGAUAGCCUUUCUCAUGAGUCGCAUGGACGACCUGGUCCGACACUGUAAUGGUAAACUGGGAAACUACAAAAUAAAUGGAAGGACGAAAGCUAUGGUGGCCUGUUACCCAGGAAACGGGACUGGGUAUGUACGCCACGUGGAUAACCCUAACGGCGAUGGGAGAUGUGUAACGUGUAUUUACUAUCUCAAUAAAGACUGGGAGGCUAAGGAACACGGAGGAAUCCUGAGGAUUUUCCCAGAGGCCAAGGCACAGUUCGCCGACAUCGAACCUAAGUUCGACCGCCUGCUCUUCUUCUGGUCGGACCGGCGGAACCCCCAUGAGGUGCAGCCGGCAUACCACACCAGGUAUGCCAUAACAGUGUGGUAUUUUGAUGCCGAUGAACGAGCUCGGGCCAAGGAGAAAUACCUAACAAGUGCAGGAGAAAAGGGAGUAAAGGUAGAAUUGAACAAGCCGUCGAAUCUGAGCUAAUAUGAGAGAAGCGGUUGGUCCUGAGGCGCCACUGCCAUCACCUGCUGCUGCUGUGGACAGAAUCGGAAAGAGGGAUGGAUGGAUGGAAGGAAGGUGGGAUGAAGAGGAGAGAGAAGAAAGAAACCAACUCGGACUAGUCCGCUUUCUUUACACUUAAUAUCCAAAGUUGACACACACAACACACACACACACAGACAGACCCUGAAUGUGAUGUCAUUGCACUGCAAGGACUCAUCAUUAUUUCCCAAGUUUCUGUUUUUGCUUUUUGCUUAGAUUUUUUGCCAUUAUUAUGUGUAGAAUGCCAGUGUAAAAAUUAGCUUUGGAGGAAAAAAAAUAUGUAUGGACUGAGCCGAAUGCAAAGAAGUUAUAUUCUUGUGAAUUUUGGGGUGAUGUAAGAAGGGUACCCAUAUGUGCUUAUCUGUCAGACGGGUUGUCAUGGUCUCCAUCGGCUGGAUCUCUCACUGUUAAAAUAGAAAAAAAAGGUACAGAAGACUGUGUAUGAUGUCCCUCGACAGGAAGUUGUCACACACUGUCCGGCUAUUGCCUGAUGCACACGAUAAGGCCGACUCAAACCGUACUGUGCUGAUUUGGAUACUUUCUUUUCACAUGAUCCCUUGCAGCACGGUUAUAGUAAAUGAGGAUGAUGCGUAACCAAGCCAGAACAGUACAGUAUGGUUUGGCUUAGUACAGUGAAAAGGCUAUUAAUAGCUUAAGCUGCACUUACUCGAAGACGAUAGAAGUUUUCACGUUUGUGCAAACGAGCUGUGGUGAUUUUCACAUUGCAGGCGUAUGUUGAUUGCGGUGCCGUUCUGUGUCCUGGCAUCCAUUGCUUGGUAACUGGGUCCUGUUCAUUAGGCACCAAACAGAAGAAAAUGGACUGAAACUGACAUGCUCGUUCUCCGUUGCAAAGCAUUUUAAAACGUUUCCUUGCGUGCCCUUAUGAACACGGCCCUGUGUACGUUACAGGAGCAUCCUAACCUGCGAUCAGAGAUCUGUCUGUUGUUGCAGACGUAAUAUCACCGUUGUCUUAAAAACCAAAAACUGACACCUACCUAUUAGCCUUGCAGCGACCUUGCAGCUCUGAAGUUUAGUUUUGAAUAAAAAGGCUGAUUUUGUAAGUGCAGUUUGAGUCUGCUGCUGUAUCGUCUCGUCAUUACAGCAUGUGUGGGGUGUGUGUGUGUGUAUCUGCACGUAUGCAUUUGUGCGAUUCUUUCUCUGACCACUGAGCCGAGAUUGAAAGUGAGUGAGAGAGACUGUAAUAAUACAGUCAUGACUAUUCUCUCCAGCUAUACACCAUCGCCAUCAUGUGGUCACAAAACCAUAAAUGAUUCAUUCCUGUUAAGGCACAUCUGACCGAUGAGUUUAUCAACAGGAGAAUUGGCAGACCUAACUGAAUGCGGCCGGUAUCCAAGCGGUUAAGAGCGUUGGUGCAAGUAUCCGAAACGUUGGUUUGAAUUUUUCCCUUGCUGCCCUUGAACAAGACAAUAACCCCCAACAACAAUGGCGCCGUUGACUUCGAUUAAGGCAGCCCCCCCGCACCUCUCUGAUUUCAGAUGGGUUGUGUUGAACACAUUCAGUUGUGCAACUGAUUAGGUUUUCCAUUUCUCCAUCCACCCUUAAACAUACCACAUAACCUUUGCAUGUGAUUUUGUUUAAACUGUAUCUAUUUGCCAUUGAUCUAUUCAUUUGUCAAUAAAUCAGUCGACAAGUAAAUAAGACAACAUUUAGAGAAUAAAUGGUUUCUUGAGAUAAACAUGUAUGUCUUGUUUGCAUCAAGUUUAAAAUAUAAAUUGCGGUAAAUAAUUCAACUUUUUAAUUGGUUUCAUUAUAAAGGGCAAGCUCAAUCAAGCACAGCUGAAAUAUUAGACCUUUUUUCACCCAUGUCUGAAUAUAUCUCUUCAUUGCAGUCUCCUCGGGAACUUCUCUUCCCAGACCAUGUCUCACAUCACACCCGCAGGAAAGCCAAGGAUAUUUUUCUAGCCCCUACUCUUUUGGUUUUUACAAGUGUAUGAAGGAAUAAGAUGGGUGCAAGGAAUAUGGAGGAAACUCCCCAAAUAAACAAGAAAUGACAAAGCUGUUAGCGGUUGAGUGAGUAACAGAGUCUGGCUUGUUCUGCUCUAACCAGGAGUAUGGUCCCUACUAUCAGGCGCAGGGCAGGGGCCCACCUAUUGCAUUCAGAAAAAACACCAAAAUCAUUCAUGAUUUUGAGUUUACAUCAAGGGCAACCAAGAAGACAAAGAUCAGAUGAACGGUACAGGCCAGGAUGAGAAAUGUUCCGCCAAUGACCGUCACCCUGUCUUUGGACAAAUUCCACUUGAGGUAUUCAGUGCACUUGGCCCUGAAAAUGGACCCCGACACCCCCAGAGUUCCAAGGAUGCUGGAGAUGGCGGUGAUGGCCAAAGCUACUACCCUACUGUAAUGGGGAAACAGAAUAAUUGCCUGUAAGGACAAAGCAAAGGUCACUAGGGAGAUCAUCCACCCUGCCACUCCCAGGGUGUUGACCACAAACUCCAUCCAACUCCUGCUUCAGUGGGGCUUUAGGAGAUAUUGGAGGGAUAGACAGUUCUGUACAGCAUGGUCCCCCUGGUCAGAUGAGGCCCCCCACCUGAUGUAAAGCCCUCAGCUCACUCCUCUGGGCAAUCAAUGAGUUGUGGGAGUUUCAGAUAAUGUUUCUGGCUAUCCAGGAGAAAGGGAUGAGGAAGAGAUUUCCAGUUGGAAUCACUAUGGCCUUGGACUUUUGACUCUUGAUGUGGUUGGUUCUUUUGACCCUGAUGAGCAGCAGAACCCCAGAAAUGAUGGUCAGGGCUCUGGAGGCCUGCAGGUCCUGAGGUAAGGCCAGCAUGGAGUCGUAGACCUUACACUACAUCUGGCCUGUGUUCUUGGUCACACAUCUCAUCCACAGGCCCUCCUGUUGUCUCUAUCCAAGUGGGGAGUGUGCAGACCACAAUGGUCAUUACAAAUCCUAUGUCUCCCUGGGCGAUGCCUAAAAUGUCCAUGCCCAUCAACAUGCUCUCUUCUAUACUUGCCCUUUCUGGAGGAACGGUGAUACAGACAACGUCAUUCCAGAACAGCAAAUAGGUCAAAACUUCAGAAGAUUUCCUAAAAGAUGUACAAACCAAGUUCUAGCAUGGCAUAUUCUUCCACUUUGAGUUUCACAGACAUUCGUUGCUGAAGUUUUCUGUGCGAUUAGAGUGCAGAGCCCAGAAUCCCUGUCUGCUUUACUGUGGUGUCAAAAAUUAGGCUGUCAUGGAAACAAACUAUUAAUAAAGACGUGGUUAUACAUUUU